AUGGAUUCGCAGGCUAAAGGUGUUAAAGUAGAGUCAUCCAUGACUGGUUCAAUACACACUAUAGAAGAUUUUGUGAUGAGAAUUGUCAAGCAUUUGAAGGAUCUUGAUUACCAGUCCCUACUAUAUGUACAAGAAACCCUUCAAAAAAUGAAGAACAGUGUAAAAUCUAAACAUGAACUCAAUUACUGGAAAGUGUUACAAUGUCUUGGAGAACUCUCCAUUGACCGUUUUGUAAGAACUCUUGUACUUAAUGAGAGAGCCUCGUGCAAGUGCCAUACAUAUUCAAAUCUAUUCUGUCUUAUGCAGCUGUUUGUCCAGAUGCAAGUCAGUGUUGCUGUGAUCAAAAGGCUGCUGUGGUAUAAAGAACAAUUGAUUCCGGUCUUCUUGAAGGCUCUGAGACAAAAAGAAGAUCCAGCUCUGGUUAGAGAAAGCCUCAUGGGAAUGUAUCGCCUGCUGAUAGUUGGAAGAGGAGAACUAGUAGAAAUCUUCAUGAAUAACCAAUUACUUAUGGAUUUGCAUGCUCAAAUCAAAUGUCGUUUUUCCAGUAUUGGAAUCCAUUCAUUUCAAACUGUUACUUACUGUUCAGAAUUAAUGCAUGCAAUGGCUGUUCAUGGAACUCCAAAGACACGACGAAUUCUCAAGAAUUCUCCAGCUCUCAGGAUAAUGAAAGACUAUUGUAAAAAGCUUCAGAUGAUGAAAAAUGAGUUACCUAACAGGUACAAAGUGUUAGACAACUAUGAGUUUAUAAAUGAUAUCGUUACAGAUGAAUACAAGGCAGAGAAAAUGGCCCAGAUCUGGAAACCAAAAGAGAAAUUGAAGGAAGAAUUUGAAAAGGGUAUUGAAUAUGCCAAUUAUAUGGUUUUCUGUUCUUCCCCGGCUUGCCGUAAACAAUACAUAGAUGGGAUGGCACAUUUUAGAUAUUGUGGUGCUUGUAGACUUUCAAGAUACUGCAGUGAAUCAUGUCAGAAAGAUCACUGGAGGAAGAGCCACAAGACUAGCUGUCUUCAAAAUCCUGAAGAAGAACCAUUUUGA